CCCACUCCCCCCCCCCCCGGGCCGGCUCCUUUUGGGGCCGGGGGUGCGGUUGGGGGCGGUGUGGGGCGGCGGGAUUGGCUGGCCCGGCCGCCGGCCCUGCGCGCCCCGGCCCGUCUGCGGCGCCGCGGCCAGCUGGCGCCAGCGCUCAUAUAGGAUGCGCGGGGAUGGGACCGAGCCGGCCAGAGCAGCGGCUUUGCCGUCUGAGUAACACCCUCCAUCCAGCCUCCUCUCCUCCUCCUCCCGCCCUCGCCUUGCUUCCCCCCCCUUCUCAGUUUUGGGUGCUGCCCGGGACCUGCCUCCGCCUGUUGACAGAGGGACACGCUGACUUCGGGGGGCCUCCCCCACCCUGCCGAGGCCGCACUGCAUUCACCCGGCGGUUUUCCUUUUUAAGAAAAGCCAUUUCAUCUCCUAAAACCCUCCAGCAGCGCCCAAAGCCACCCCAGAGCGGCACCACCCCCCCCUCCCCACCGAGCACCGCUCGCUCCUGGCCCGGGGGUGGGUGGGAGGGGAGGCCAGAGGCCAUGGAGGUGGCCACGGACCAGCCCCGCUGGAUGACCCACCACGCCGUGCUCAACGGGCAGCAUCCCGAGAGCCACCACCCCGGACUGGCUCACAACUACAUGGAACCAGCGCAGCUCCUACCUCCGGAUGAAGUUGACGUCUUCUUCAAUCACCUGGACUCCCAGGGCAAUCCUUACUACGCCAAUUCUGCCCAUGCCCGGGCCAGGGUCUCCUACAGCCAGGCACACGCCCGUCUGACCGGGAGUCAAAUGUGCCGGCCUCAUCUUAUCCACAGCCCCGGGAUCCCUUGGCUGGACAGCAGCAAGGCGGCACUGUCUGCCCAUCACCACAACCCCUGGACCGUCAACCCCUUCACCAAGACCCCCCUGCACCCCUCGGCGGCCGGAGCCCCCGGGGCCAUCUCUGUGUACCCAGGCAGCAGCACGUCCAGCACCGCCUCCGUGUCCUCGCUCACCCCGGCCUCGCACUCCGGCUCCCACCUCUUCGGCUUCCCCCCGACCCCUCCCAAGGAAGUGUCCCCGGACCCCAACUCCACCAGCGCUGCCUCCCCUUCCUCCUCCGCCGGGGCCCGGCAGGAGGACAAAGACAGCAUCAAGUACCAAGUGUCGCUGUCGGAGGGGAUGAAGAUGGAGAGCGCCAGCCCGCUCAGAAGCAGCCUCACCGGCAUGGGGUCCCAGCCCUCCACCCACCACCCCAUCCCCACCUACCCCUCCUACGUGCCGGCCGCCCACGACUACAGCAGCAGCUUCUUCCACCCAGGCAGCCUCUUGGGGGGCCCCGCGUCCAGCUUCACCCCCAAACCGCGGAGCAAGGCCAGGUCCUGCUCGGAAAGAAAUCCGGUUUCUUCGUGUUUCCAUUUAGAAGGCAGAGAGUGUGUGAACUGUGGAGCAACUGCAACCCCUCUCUGGAGAAGAGACGGCACCGGGCAUUACCUGUGUAACGCCUGCGGGCUCUACCACAAAAUGAAUGGUCAAAACCGACCUCUCAUUAAACCUAAACGAAGGCUGUCAGCAGCUCGGAGAGCAGGGACUUGUUGUGCCAACUGUCAGACAACCACCACGACCUUAUGGCGACGUAACGCAAACGGGGACCCAGUUUGUAAUGCCUGCGGACUCUACUAUAAAUUGCACAAUGUGAACAGGCCUCUGACCAUGAAAAAGGAAGGAAUUCAGACCAGGAAUAGGAAAAUGUCCAACAAAUCAAAGAAAAGCAAGAAAGGCUCCGAGUGUUUUGAGGAACUGUCCAAGUGCAUGCAGGAGAAAUCGUCUCCCUUCAGCGCUGCUGCCCUUGCUAGUCACAUGGCGCCUAUGGGGCAUUUGCCACCUUUCAGCCACUCUGGACACAUCCUACCAACACCUACCCCCAUCCACCCAUCUUCCAGCAUCUCAUUUGGACAUCCACACCCAUCCAGCAUGGUUACAGCCAUGGGAUAAAACCAAGAGACCCACCAAGAGAUUUAAGAACAUGGGGCUUUGCCUAAGACGACACCAAGUAAGAAAUGUUCUGCCAAGAGGAGAAUGUAGGCAUGGCAAAAGGGAAUCUUUGCUCCCAUGUGGUUUAACUCUUAUUGCUGGACUAAAACCUUGCAAAUGAUGGGUCUUCUGCAGAAACGUGUAGUGGUGCCUGUAAUGCACUUUGCGCCCUCAGGUAUAAGGAAAAAGAACUCACCUGUUCGAUACUUAAUGGCCCAGCAGGAAGCAAAAGGUGGCAGAAGCUGAAGGAAAAGGCUUGGAGCUGGCUUUCCUUUCUCUCUUUGUUAUUACUGUGAAUACUGUAAAGAGAUAUAAGCAGCUUCCCAGGAUGGAAUCGGCUCACUGGAAGCCAGAUAUGCUGGAUUUCUAUUGUGGACUUUGAUUGGUAUGGGAAAAAAAAAUAAUAAAAAAAAAAAAAGAAAGGACAUCUUUAUAAAAAUGUAAUUUUUAAAAUGAAAUCAGACACAAAGUCAUAUUUAUUUUGCUCUUGUUUUCCACAAAAAGCCUCAACCCCUCUGAUUGCAUGUUUUUGUGCUGUUUGCAAUGGUUAUCCUGUAAGAAAACCUGCCUUCAAAACAAGGGUAAGGAGGGGGGGAACAUACUCAGCAGCCCCCUUGGAUCAGCUCCAUCUAUCUUCCAUACCAAAAUACCUGCUAGGAAGGGGGAAAAGACUAGAGGGGGGGACACAAAGCGAAAAUGUAGCUGUUAUACAGGAUUUUAAUGUGCCCAAGAUGGUGAUUGUUUUGACACAAUUUCAUCAUUCUUUUCCCUAACAUGAAAGGUUUAUUUUAGGAAAAAAAACAGCCCCCCCUUCCAACUACUCUGUUCUUCCUCAAAGACAGCUGGAUCAGACAAACUGUUGGGAAAAAGACUCUCUGGAAGGCAAUCCUGCAGUAGCGAGGGGUGAGAUACUAACACAGCUAAGUUUUAGCACAGCAAAGACCAUCCCAGGGCAUAAAAACAUCCAACUCACAGAAUUUAGAGGUUGAAGCAUUUUGUUCGAUUGUGUUGGCAGCUGUCGCUUAAAAUUGCAGAUGAGCUGCUUGGGUAAAAUCAUGGCAGUGUGGCCACCACGGUGUGUGCACUCUCGGGCAUCCAGACCUCCGUGGGCUUCACAGCGAGGAAGGGCAGAAAUGAGGUUGAGAACACGGGAGAGGGGAGAGAGACAAUCAGUUUGAGCUUCACACAUCUGUCAAACCCCAGACACAGCAACAGCCGAUGAGACGAGAGAAAGCAUCGUUCUAAAGGGAACGUCUGUUUUCCGUAGCAUAUUUUAUAUGAAAAAAAAAGCAAAAAAAAAAAAAGAAAAAAAUAGAAAAAAAUUAAAUUUCCCAUUAUUAAACCAUAUUGUACGUAAAUGACCGAAAACAAAGCUAUUGCCAAUGUGAAGUGUAUUCUAUUGAUUGUUAUGAUCUGAUGCCUCUCGUGAACACAAGCUCCAGUAUAACAUACAAUGUACAUAUUUAGCUAUACUUCUGAUGAAAAUGCCCCAAUGAACAGAGGGGUUUGAUAAUGUAAACCACGUAAGCUUAACUCUGUGACAAGCUUUUUAUUUUUAUUUUUUUAAUUUUUAACUUUUUUUGUUGGGGGUUUUCUUUUUUUUUUUUUUUUUUGGAUCAAGCCAAUUGUGUCUUUACUGCAAAAGUCCUGCUUUAAAGAAAAAAAACCACAACUAAAAUAAAAAUGGAUGUACGCUAACUUUUUUUCUAAACAGUAAUUUGAAUAUUUGAUAAUGACUUAAGAACCAAGCGGCCACAAAAAUCCUGCUUUCCUCCUUUUUCUGAUCUGUGUAGGCAUAUAGGUGCACUUUGUAAAGAAGUGGAAACAAACAGGAAACUAAAUUGGUUGGGAGAAAUCAAGAAUUUUCAAUCUACUGAGAUAAAUAAUUGGGUCCUUUUUACUUUUUACCUUUUACAAUGGUACAGUUGUACAAUAUUUGUAUCCAACUGAAAUUUCUGUAGGAUUUGAGCAGGGGGGUGGGGAAGGGAUGUGGGUGGAAGACAGGGAUUACUGAUACAGUUGACAAAGUGCAAUAUAUUGUCAGUCACUGCAGCAUAGACAACGGCAGUCAAGAUUUAAAUUAUUUUGUACUUGUAUCAGCAUAAAAAAAAAUUCUUCAGUAUUUUCUGUUUUUAUUUUAAUUUUUAUUUUGCUUAUUUUUGGAUUAGUGAACUAAGUUAUUGUUAAUUAUGUACAACAUGUUUAUAUAUUGUCUGUAAAAAGUGUAUGCUUUCCUCAUAUUCCUUCAAGGUGAAUAUUGCUAAGAAUAAUAAAAUACCAUUUUUGUGAAAGUACCUGUGCUCAGCUUCUUGUCAUAAAGGCUGUUUUUAAUAGGGAGAGAGGAAAAAAUAUAAUUCUUGUUGUCAGUAGAAUUAUUAACUUAAACUAUCUGCAGAGCAGUCUAUUGAUACUUCAAAAGCCUAACAGGAUAGGACAAAAAAAGUUGUUGGUAAAUGAUUUAGUAUAAAAAGCACAGGUACAAAAGCUCAUUCUCUGGUGUUUUGGGGUUAUUUUUUAUUGUGUUCUUUUUUUUUAAUGUUUGGAAAAAUACUUUUCAAUUAAAAACAAGUUUUAAAAGCACCGUAAAUGUGGAGAAGCAGUCUACUGCGUUCCAAGGCAGCGCCUGCAUUAGACCGGGCAAAGUCCUUUGUAGGUUCUUGCAGCGCUGUAACAGGCAACACUGUCAGUCUGUAAACCACUUUCUUUUUGAUUUGGCAUCAUUUGUGGCGUGAAGGGAGCGAGGGAGGAUGUCCUGGGAACCCCUGGCAAGGGAUGCGGUCGUGGGUACAGGGUCGUGUGUGAGGAUGGAGAAGAGUGCGUCCCAGGCAGCUCUCCCAUGGCCACAACUUUGCGGCUGCUUUCAUCACACAGGUCUGAUCCACGCAAGGAAUUCUUUUGGG